GUUAGAACCAAAAUGGCGGACGACGAGGAAACGUAAAAAAAGAAAAACAAAGAUUCCUCAAUUUGURUUUUGAGCUUAGUUACUGACAUGAGAUAAUGGAAGGAUUACCAUAUGAAACAUUCUUUACAGAAGACGAUUUUGAAAGCUUUACAUCCCAGCCAAGUUUAUUACAAUAUCUGCAGACUUUUAUCACAAGAAAUGAGGAUAAAACAAUACUAGAGAGAGAGGUUCUGGAAAAUAUUCAAGUUGAGGCAUUUGCUAAGAAAUAUGGUUUUGAUAAUCAAGAGACAUCAAGAGGAGUCAAUGAACUGGAUAUUCUGAAAAAUAUCAACAAAAUAGCUAAAAUUGAAUCUGGUUUAGAGAUUGAAUACCCGAAGCUGUCUUUCCUGUCAAAAGAGGAUCAUAAGACAUUCAUUGUAGAAUAUGAGAAGGCAGUUAAAGGAGUUGUCUUAGAUGACACUAGAAGGGAUAAUCUAAAGGAAAUGAAGGCAAAAGUUGUUUUUGAGCAACAAGAGUUUCAACAGUUUGUUUACCAGUAUGUCAGAAGUAAUGCUGGCAAAUACAACAGCAUACCCUCGGAAGCCAAGGAAGUGUCUCAGGUAAGCUCACUUGAAGAAAAAAGGAUAAAGAUGCUAAAACAUUAUUACCAUCUCAAUCAGACCGUCGGUCUCUCAGUUGGUGCUCAUUUUAGAAGUGACCCUGUUUUGGAAUUUCAAGAUAUUCUUUUGCAAGUGGGAGAUGUUCCCAUUUUAGUUGAACCCACAGAUAGAAUCAAGCUGAUACUGGCCGAUGCUAAUAUCUGUAGACAGCGAGACAACUUUGAUAAGGGCCCCUUACUCCUCAGUGAAGAUCCAGUCGCUCUUCGUGUGGCGAAGGAACACAGUGUUAACAUCGUUGUUUCAUCUUCUUGUUUACAAACUUUAAUCGACAAUCAAGCGCCACAGUUUAACCAACAGUGGGACAUACCCGUAAUCGUCUCCGAGAUUCAGCAAAGAAUUGAAUCACCAAAAGACAAACCCGCACACAAAAUUGUCUUUCUUGAAAAACCUUUACCAAAGAAAUUUUAUACACCCAAUCAGUUGAUGACAAAAACUUAUAAAAGAUCUUUGAUGAAAGAACUUUGUCAGACUGACAAUGUUCGGGCUAAAAACUUCGUUUAUUCCCUUUGGAAAUUCGGCAAAUUUCGUCUUUUAAUUCGUAGCAAGUUAGAUGCGUAUAAAACUGAUAAGAACACCAAAGUUCAGAGUUUUUUGUCGGUUGUUGCCAAACCAGAGUUUCAGUGGCAGUUUGGUUACGAACGGUUGACGCCCAGCGAGACUGCGCGGUGGUGGCUUAAAACAUACAUUCGACCCAACACGACGGUCUUGUGUGCUCGUAUUAAGAGACAGAAUAAUGAAGUCCUUCGAGUGGACGAGAUGACACCGCCGGAUGUUCUUUCAUCGGGAUCUGCUUUCAACCCGGCACAAGGAAUGAAGCUGGUUUAUCAAAUCUUCAAUUCUUUGGCGCAGCUAGCCUGCGAUUCGUAUCUUUUGACGCAUGAACGUUUUGCAAUUCACUGCUGUUUGUACAAGAAUGCCCAACACAGUACUACCAAGAAAAAACCUGAACUGGAUAUAAACGCCAGGUACUCCAAACCCAUCACUGUUGUUGACUUUACUUCUAUUGAUGUGUCAUGGUCUGGGAUAGACACUGAACUGUUUCUUGCUGAGCACAUCGAGCAGAAAAGAAUCCCGGCUACGUUUCCCGCUGUUAAUGAAAAUAUACUGAAAGAGAUUGAGAAACAAAAGCAAAAACAAAUGGAGUUAAUGUUUCCUGCGAAUGCGGUGAUGGCACCUGGGAAGAAAAAGAAGAAAAAGAAAAAAUCCCAGGCCAAGAAAAGGAGACUUGAUGCUGGGGAAUCUGAGAGAGAAGUGCACAAACCCCUGAUGAAUUUUAAACCAAAUUAUGACUAUAGCAGUGCUGGAAAUAUAAUCAGUUCACAGGAUGGGAAUAAUACGGGUACGGAAGAGCCUAAUGAAAGAGGUGGUUACAGAUUAACAGGGAGAAGAAGUCGUCCGCGUCCUCAAGCCAGACGACAAUUUCUUUCUUACCGGGAUCUUGAUUAUAGUGGAUUUGAUUAGAGCGCUUUAGCGCAUCCCGAAUAACUCCAGUCUUGCCACUUUUGUGUUUUUGCUACUGUCUUUAACUAUACAUCGGCUGCUUUAAUAAACUAGAAAGCUCGACAUCCAAAAGGUUGUUGAGAUGGCAGAUUUCAGUUUUGCCAAAACAGAAUAAAUUGAAAGCUCCCUUAAAGUUACUAAACGCUAUGACUUGAGCUUGUUCCUAGCUAUUAGGGAACGGUCAUCAUACCGAGGGAGCCCAUAUGGUUUUACUGAGGAGAGGGUAAAAGGAUAGGCCAAGAAGUAUGAUCACACAAAAUUGUUUCGAUAUUUUCUGGUUGACCAAGGCCGGACAGAAAAUAAUUUUCUUGAAUAAGGUGUAUAAAAAACUUCCUCCGAACAAGGUUAACUCAAUGGUACUAAUUCUUGUACGAAGUAGGAUUCUUGGAUUCUUCAAGUAGGAGGCAGGCCGUUUAGAACGCCCAGAAAUAAUGCCUGGCCUAAUAAAACUCUUCCUAAAAACA